AAAAUGGAUCCUUUCAUAUUAGAGAUGGAACUAUAUCACAAGUCGCCUCGAUGAAUCUAUCUUCCUUUUUGCCUCUGUACACGGAUCCCCCAGAACCAAUCCGGACAACAUCGAGCCCCAAAUUUGCCACGUCAUUGGGAUGCAACCUGCCAUGAGUCAGGCAAGAGUCUUGGUGACCAACGUGCAAGCUCAAGGACCACCCAAAGCUAACCAGAAACACCGAGCAGCCAACGAAAUGUCCCAUAAUCAGCAAAAGGAGGAACAAAUUGGAAGUUGUUCGGUUUCAUUUGUUUUUCUAAUCUUUGGUGUU